AUGCGCGUCCGGGUGGUCACAAGUGUCUUUACCGCAUUGUCGGCUCUGUUCGUUGUAUUUCGCCUGUUUACACGAGUGAAGCUGGUUAAGAAAUGGGGCUAUGAUGAUCUGCUCAUCAUUGCAGCUUGGGUUUGCUCCGCUACGUUCUACGCCUUCAUAGUUGUCGAGCGACACUAUGGCCUUGGAAAGCCCAAAGACGAACUUCCUGAUCAUAUCAUUGAAGGACAGCUAUUCUACCUCUGGAUCUCCAUUCCUUUCUACAACCUCUCUCUCAUCUUCUCCAAACUUUCUGCCCUCGUCUUCCUCUGUUCCAUAUUCCGCAUUCGGCCCUUUCUCAUCACUGUAUACCUCCUCAUGGGCUUCCUGGUAGUUGCGGGAUUAUGGAUGGUCCUCAGUGGCUUCUUCUGCUGCGUACCGAUUUCAUACUUCUGGAGGCAUAGGCAUUCCACUGGUCAUUGUCUGCCAAAAGGGCCAGUGUGGUUCACGAACGCUGCCAUUCAGAUUAUGACUGAUAUCAUCAUUUUGAUUCUCCCGAUGCCGAUUGUAUCCAAAUUGCGAUUGCCGAAACGCCAAAGAGCGGGCAUCAUGAUCGUCUUUGGCGUUGGAGUCGUCGUCAUUGCAACGAGCUCGGUACGAGUCUAUGAAUUGAGCGUCAUGGUACGCGGUCACGACUUCACAAAAACCAACGCCGAAGCCGCAGUCUGGUCCUCCCUAGAAGCAAACGUCUCUAUAAUUUGCGCCUGCCUCCCACCUCUACACACUCUGAUAUCACGAGUCUUCUCAUUCUGCUUCCGCCCCCAACCAAUCCACGCAUCACCAGCAUCAAACACCAAACCACACUCAACAACAACAUUCCUCACCUCCUCGGCCCGCAAACCCUCCAUCUACGACCACCACCACUACCACGACGGUGGAAUCUUCUACAACGACGCCUUCUACACCGGUCCCGUCGGAAGCUACACAGCCAGUAUAUCUAAGGUCAACACGAACGACGACGACCCCGAGAGCGGCGGAAGCGCCAACAGCGGAGAUGGUAUCCGCGUUGUCCGCGAACUGCGCAUUGGAUCUGAUUCCGUCGCCCCGAGCCCGACUCUCGCUCCGACGACUUUGGGAUUGGGCGGGACGAAUGAGCAUGAUUUCGAAUUGGAGCAUCGUGGUCCGUCGGUAGAGUGGGAUCUUGGUGAUUUUGAGUUCCCGGAUUAUAAGGAGAGGAUGAAUGCUCCGAUUUGA